CUGCCUUGCCGUAGAAAGCCAAGCGACGAGAAUGACGUCAUCAUAACCCGUCAAAGUAAUUCAUCUUACAAGCAAUAAAACAAAUAGAAAAUACAACAUAAAUUAACUAAACGUUUAUCGUUUAUUCCACAUUUGUAUUUUUAAAUUCACGAGUGACUCGUCGUCAGAGGAGCGUGUAGCGGUGUGCGGCUCGCUCGCACUGCGGAGGGUGGGGACAAAAACUUGCCAGACCUCGCCCAGCCAUUGCUUCAUUCCGACGGGCAGCGAACAUUCAAGACGCCGCGAGACCGUCGCACCAUUUACACCAGGUUAACGUCGAAGGUGAAUUUUGACACAGUUGUGUCAAUAAAGUUCAUACACCAUGUUCAGGAAGACCUUAAAAAAGGACCCCGAGCUUUUUCAGAACGUGGCGGACGGGCUCCGGCAGCUUUACCGGACCAAACUGUUCCCUCUGGAGGACACGUAUCGAUUCCACGACUUCCACUCUCCUGCCCUCGAAGAUGCCGACUUCGACAACAAGCCCAUGGUGCUGCUGGUGGGACAGUAUUCCACCGGCAAAACCACCUUCAUUCGCCACCUCAUGGAGCAGGACUUCCCCGGUAUGCGGAUCGGGCCCGAGCCGACCACAGACUCGUUCAUCGCGGUGAUGCACGGGGAUCAGGACGGGGUGAUUCCUGGUAACGCGCUGGUCGUCGACCCGAAGAAGCCCUUCCGCAAACUCAACGCCUUUGGAAACGCCUUCCUGAACAGGUUCAUGUGUGCCCAGUUGCCCAAUCCUGUCCUGGAGAGCAUCAGCAUCAUCGACACUCCCGGAAUCUUGUCAGGAGAAAAGCAGAGGAUCAGUCGAGGUCUGGCCAAUUUACACCCCGCCCGCUUCGCUACAUCCUAGAAAUACAGGAUUAUG